UGGGAACAAAAUAUUUUUACUUGAUGUGAAUUAUUCACAAUCGUGUGGAUUUUACCAUUAUGUGAAAACCGUGUCACGUUUUAGCUGAGAACAGGAGCCAUUAUUGACAAGCGACGCAAAUAAAAAUGGCAUACGGGCGUAGCGCCAGAAAGCGCAAUGCCAAUGGUGGUGUGCCAUACGGCUCAACCGCUAAGGCCAAUCAGGUGAUGCCGCAUGGAGAAUUCAUUGAUCGUAUACGGAAAUCCCUUUAUUUCGGUGGUGAUGCACUGAUGGAGGAAAUGGAAGUGUCACGUCCACUCGCAGAAUAUGCAUCGGAACUAUUCUCUGCACCGCACAAAGGACACUCAUUAAAUCGUUUGAAUACAGUGACGGCUGGAAGUGUACACGCUUCCCCGUGUUCGCUCAUAAUGGCAUUAAUUUAUUUGGACCGUCUGAAUGUGUCAGAUCCGAGUUAUGUGCGGCGUAUAACACCACAGGAACUUUUUAUUGUAUCGAUGAUGAUAUCAACAAAAUUCUAUGCAGGCCACGAUGAGGAGAUCUACUUGAGCGAUUGGGCUGAGGACGGGCAUAUGAGUGAGAAAAGACUGAAGAAAUUAGAACUGGAAUUUUUGUGUGCUAUAGAAUGGAAUAUAUACAUAUCGAACGAGGUGUUCUUCGAGAAAUUGGGAAGUAUAGAGAAGCAACUUGCACGGCGUGAAGGAUUACGGCGUGGUUGGCUUACCUACUCUGAACUAAUGCAGAUGCUACCCUCCUUUACGUUGGCCAAAUUUAUACUGAAUAAUAUUGCCGUAAUGGCGGUCAGUUAUGCAGCAAGUGUUAUCACCAUAGCUGGUGCCUUCUUCUUGGCCAGCCAAAUUCCAGGUACUGCGCUACAUCGAAAAGCAGUGUCAGCAGUAAUAGGUGGUAAUGUGACAGUUCAACAAUCUACACAUAUAGUAGAGUAUGAGGCUGCGCAGUUGAAUGUUCAACAGCGUCUAAGGCGGACUAAUAACACCGAAACGGCAUCAUCGGCAGCAAUUCCCUCAACUGUAACAAACGGCGAUAUAAAUACACUAAAUGAUACCUGCACCGCUUUGAAUGUUGAAGCGGAACUCUCGAAAUUGGAGUGCCAGUAUAGGGAGGAGGAACAGCGGGAGGCAGUGCGUCAACGUCAACACGAAAUCGAGUCUGCAACACGCUUGACAUUGCCCGAUGCAGUACAACGCAUUACAAAUGGGAAUAAGAAAUCGAAGAAUGGUUGCCAUACUACGUGCUUUGGCAUCGAUUUUGUACGUAAUUGGUUUGCGCUCAAAGAGGAAUAUGCGGAUGACGGGCUAGGCAGUUUGCUACAAUCCCUGGAAGAACUAAAAAUAUCUCAUGAAGGUGACUAUAUAUCCGCAGCACAAGAAAAAAAGCAGCAAGCCAGUGAUUUUGUCGGGUGGAAUGUUUGGAGUUUGGACAACUGUACAACGUCUGGAUUCUGGCAAAUGUUCGGUGACACGGCUCAACCAUCGUUUGUGCGUUUGCCAUUAACGUGGUUGAAAUUUAUUUAGUAUAUACUAACAUACCCUACACAACUGGGUUGCAACGCACAUGUGACACGUAGGCUUGAUAAGUCUCUCGUUAGCAAAUGGUUUAUAUGCUUGCUUCUAAUGAAUUCUUUCCAUACAUAUAGACAUGAGAAAUUAUUUUCUGAUAUACGAAUUACAUUACGAAUUGAAUUGACAUUUUCAACUAACUUGAUUUUUUAUUAAAUUAUAUAUUUGAUUUAUUUUAUGAAUAACAACCAAUAUAUCGCCCAAAAUAAAAGGGAAGAACUAUGACCUAUUUACACAAAAUAUAUUUAAUUGCUUUGUUACAUUUAUCCAAUUUUAAAUACGUAAUAUAAAAAAUGUAUAACUGAUAUAUAAACUGAUUUUGUAACGAAAAUAAUAGUUCCAUAUUGAUUUAAUGAGUUUUUAAAAGCUAGAUAAUGAAAUCUUAGAUAUCGAAGGAAUAAAACUGAAAGUAAAUUUAUUUUUUAUACGAAAGCGAAGUGAUGAAAUAUAAAAACAAAGAUUUCUUAACUUAUGUAAUUAAAAUUUAAACUAAUCAAUUUGUGAAAAUAUUCCAAGUUUAACUGCUCACUGUUUUAUGCAUACAAUAGUGCACAAACUUUCCCCUAAUACAAUACUAAUAAAGUUUAUGCUUAAAACUUGAAAAUUUUAUGCUGUAGUAAAAAGCGUGAAUUGCAUAGCAAAUGACGAUGAAAUGUUACUAAGAAUUGAUGCCUAUAUUUUAAUAAAGCAGCGUAAAGCAAAAAUA